AUGAAAGGGCUUCAGCUGUUUGUUUUCAGUGCAGUUCUGGUGACUGCUCAUACCCUUACUGUGGAAACACCUGCCAAGGAACUACAGGUGGCACGAGGGAGCAACGCUACUCUCCGCUGUCAGUUUAAUACUGAUGCUUCCGUCACCUCAGGAGAUUUUGUUGUCUGGAGGAAAAUCAAUAGUGCGGAUGAUGCUGUCACUAGGUAUUUUGAUGGACUUGUACAGUAUGGCAAGGGCUAUGAAAACCGAAUACGAUUUACUGGUAACUUAGAGAGCGGGGACAUCAGCAUCACCAUCAAUGAAGUAACCAUGGAAGACAAUGGGACAUAUGCAUGCAGUGUUCGUCUACGGAAUGACCCUCCUCGGCAGUCUGCAGUCACGAGUCUUUUUGUCCUCAUUGCACCAUCCAAGCCAGAAUGCAAGAUUGUGGGCACAGCAGAAUAUGGACAGACGAUCAAUCUAACCUGCAUUUCUCAUGAGGGCUCCCCAAAACCCACAUACAGCUGGCAAAGCUUCAAUGUACAACAUGAACCCCGGGUACUACAAACAACAAAAGGGGAGCAAAUAACUCUGAAGAACAUCUCGGCGGAUACAUCUGGCUUUUACAUCUGCACUUCAACAAACAUUGUGGGAAAGGAAUCUUGCAACAUGACGGUCAGCGUUGUGCCACCAUCCAUGAACAUUGCCCUUUACGCUGGCAUCAUUGGAGGAGCUGUUGCUGCAAUUGUAGUUAUUGGUAUUAUAGCCUAUUGCUGCUGCUGUCGGGGGGACAAGAACACCGACUAUGAGAUGACGGAGACAAAAGAUGCAGAUGAAUUCUCCCAGAGGAAUCCUACGCAGAAUCAGAGAGCAAAAGAUGAUAAUGAAGAUGAAUGA